AAUAUUUGUGUACACAAACCUUGCUUGAACAAUGGAAAGUGUUUUCUUGGAUAUACAGACAAGAAGUUCCUUUGCGAAUGCCAGUCUGGUUACACGGGAGAACGCUGCGAAGCAGGUGAUUAUGUGGCCAGCAAACGCAGACAUAUCCAGUCCCGUUUUCGCUUGACUGCACCACAAAGAAUACUUUUCGGGCAGAAACAAACUGGAAAUACAUCCACGUAAACUGUUCUCUCAUACAAGGAAUCGCCAGCUGGUAAACUAGAAACUUACCGUGGCUCGCAGCUUCGAGAUCCUUCCUUACAAAAACGAAGGCGUAUCCCACCCAAAAAUGGAGAGCAAGUGAAUGUUGCUUGCUAAGAAAUAAUCAACAUUGUCAGGGUUAAAAAUUAUCUGUGCCCGAGGGGUUGGAGCGGGGAAGGGCAGUGGGGGGAUUCCGCAGCAUGCAAAGUUUUAUCCUGGGAAGCUCCGCCCUGAGCGAAAUUUUUUCGACUUUUUCACUGCCAUAAAAUCCUUCAGUUAGCCCUUUAGGUCCUUUUACAGACCGAAAUGAUACAGAUUUCCUGGAUCUUGUUUACGCGCAUUAUAGGGUCGGGGCUUAUAGCUCCCUUUGAUACUCUUUUCGUAGUUAUACCUACAUUUAAAACCAUGAAGAUGGUCCCUUAAUUGUUACAGCGGUAAGCACUUGAUCUCAACGAUCUUACGGAAGCAGCCUUUGAAUUGCUCUUUGAACUUCAUCUUUUUAAAUUUUCUGGGAUUCCAGUGUAGGAGGUAGGUUUAUGUGUAAUUCUGGCAUUUGUUUUUUCAGAUGUUGAUGAAUGUGGUGACAACUUACAUGACUGCGACGCUAAUGCAAACUGUACAAACAUACCGGGAUCCUAUGGCUGUGUUUGCAACCCACCAUAUAAUGGAUAUGGGAAAAAGUGCAUUAAAACACGUGAGUGUAGUAUUAAGCCGAGAAAUAUAAAAUGA